GCACCGUCUUUAUCCACUGUUCCAUUCACACGCCACACACACACACACACAGAGUGUCACACACACACGCACUCUUUUUCUCUCUCUCUCUCUCUGAAACAAAAGAGAGAAAGAUUUCUUCUUCUUGAUCCAUCAAUGGAGUCCAAUUUCACUUUCCACAAAUACCCUUCUCAAAAAGGUCACCAUCUUUCAACCAAAACUUUCCACACAUCCAACACCAAAGAAGAAUGCAAGCAAAACACACAUUAUUUCACCUUACUGCUACACUUACUAUUUUCUGGUUAUUUCCAGAGAUACCCAUCUCAGAAAUCCCCACCUUUACACGAAUACAAAACCCCCAUCAAGAAAAAGAAAGAAAAUAGGAACAAAAACACACACUAUUUCACCUUUCUACUACACCUACUCAUAAUUUGCAGUUCCCCUUUUGUUGUUUCAACCCAAUCUUGGGAUGGAAUAAUUGUCUCAGAAUCAAACCUUCAAGCCCUCCAAGCUUUCAAACAAGAACUCAUUGACCCAAAUGGUUUCUUGAAAAGCUGGAAUGACAGUGGCUAUGGAGCUUGUUCUGGUGGUUGGGAAGGAAUCAAGUGUGCUCAAGGACAGGUGAUUAUCAUACAGCUUCCAUGGAGAGGUCUAGGUGGUCAUAUUACUUCUAAAAUAGGCCAGUUUCAAGCUCUGAGAAAGCUUAGUCUCCAUAAUAACGCCAUUGGAGGUUCAAUUCCGAAGGAAUUAGGGUUCUUGCCAGAUCUCAGAGGGAUUCAAUUGUUCAACAAUAAGUUUACAGGUUCAAUUCCUCCUACAUUGGGUUCAUGCACAUUACUUCAAAAUCUUGACUUUAGUAAUAAUUCUUUGGUGGGUGGAAUCCCUGAUUCCUUUGGUAAUUGCACUAAGCUUUAUAAUGUCGAUUUGAGUUUGAAUUCGUUAUCAGAUUCCAUUCCUGUGUCCCUCACACAAUCCAAUUCCCUCAUGUUUCUAUCUCUUCAAUUCAAUAAUUUUUCAGGGGUUCUCCCUGAUUCUUGGGGUGGUGAUAAACCCGUGGUCAAAUCUUUGACUUUUGACCAUAAUUUUUUCACCGGAAAGAUUCCUGUGUCUUUAAGCAAGUUGACUGAGCUUGAAGAGAUUUCAUUCAGUCAUAACAAAUUCAGUGACGAAAUCCCUAAUGAAUUUGGGAAACUUGUUAAGCUUAAAAGCUUAGAUCUUUCUUACAACUCCAUUAAUGGCGGCAUACCCGUUACCUUUUCCGAUUUGAGUUCACUCACUUCAUUAAAUUUAGCUCACAACAACUUCACCGGUCAAAUCCCAGUUUUCUUGGGUGAUAGCCAGAAUCUUGCAUUUUUUAAUGUGUCCUACAACAAUCUCUCGGGUCCGGUCCCGGUUCAAAUUUCUUCAAAAUUCGAUUCAAGUGCUUUCGUGGGUAAUCUUGAUCUUUGCGGAUACAGCCCUUCAACCACGUGUCCAACAUCUCCGGCGAAGAGCCGCCACCGGAAAACAAGAGCUAAAAAUGUCUUGCUGAUUGUGGGAGGAGCUUUGAUAGCAGGUUUACUGUUCCUUUGCUGUAUACUUCUGUGUUGUUUGUUAAAGAAAAAAGACACAGUGAAGCAGAAGGAUGUGGAAGGAGGUGGUAGGGGGAUUCCGGCGAGCAAAGGGGAAGGGGAGGCCGCCGGAGAAGCUGGAGGGAAGCUUGUACAUUUUGAAGGUGGGAUGGAGUUCACAUCCGAUGAUCUUUUGUGUGCGACAGCUGAGAUAAUGGGAAAAAGUACAUAUGGAACUGUUUACAGAGCGACAUUAGUGGAAGGAAAUCAAGUAGCUGUGAAGAGAUUGAGAGAAAGGAUUACAAAGAAUCAAAAGGAGUUUGAAAAUGAAGUCAAUUCACUUGGGAAAAUCAGACAUCAAAAUCUUUUGGCACUGAGAGCUUAUUAUUUGGGUCCAAAAGGGGAGAAACUUAUUGUUUUCGAUUAUAUGCCCAAAGGAAGCCUUGCUACUUUCCUCCAUGCUCGGGGACCCAAUACACCAGUUAAUUGGGCAACAAGAAUGAGGAUAAUGAAAGGGAUGGCUAGAGGCUUACACAACCUCCACACUAAUCAAAACAUAAUCCAUGGAAACCUAACCUCAAACAAUGUUCUUCUUGAUGACGAUUUCAACCCCCAAAUUGCAGAUUUUGGGUUGUCACGAUUAAUGACAGCUGCUGCAAACACAAACGUGAUUGCAACAGCGGGUGCACUUGGGUACCGAGCACCUGAGCUUUCUAAGCUCAAGAAAGCCAACACCAAGACUGAUGUAUACAGUCUUGGUGUCAUCAUGUUGGAACUUCUCACCGGAAAAUCACCGGGAGAGGCGGAGGACGGUGUCGGUUUGCCACAAUGGGUGGCUUCGAUUGUGGAAGAAGAGUGGACUAAUGAAGUUUUUGAUUUGGAGUUAAUGAAGGAUGCUUCUGUUAUUGGUGAUGAGUUGUUGAAUACAUUGAAAUUGGCUUUGCAUUGUGUUGAUCCGUCACCUUCUGCUAGACCGGAGGCUCAGCUACUUCUUCAGCAGUUGGAGGAGAUUAGACCGGAAACCGCCACCAGCUCCGGCAAUGAUGGUGGCAGCAAUUUGAUGGAGUGAUGAACGUUUGAAGAUGAGUAGUUUGAAGAUGACUAUUUUUUGAUUCUUGAGUUUUGUUGGGGUCUUGUUGUGAAUAUA